UUUCUCUUUUCUGUACCAUAGAUGAGACUGAAAGAUCAAAUACAAACUCUAUGAGGAUUCUACUUAUUGGAAAAACUGGAAAUGGGAAAAGUGCCACAGGAAACACUAUUCUCAAAAGAAAGGCAUUUAAAUCUCAAGCCAGUUUUAAAUCAGUGACAUCCUCUUGUCAGAAGGAGGUGGGGUUUGUUGAUGGACAUUCAGUCACUGUUGUUGAUACACCAGGUCUGUUUGACACACAAGUCUCUACAGAAGAGGUAAAACAAGAGAUAGUGAAGUGCAUCAGUCUCCUCUCUCCAGGACCUCAUGUGUUCCUUCUGGUGCUUAGAUUCGGAAGAUUCACUCCUGAAGAAAAAGAAACUCUGAACCUGAUCAAGGAAGCGUUUGGGAAGAACGCUGGAAUGUUUAGCAUCAUAAUAUUCUCUCAUGGUGAUCAGCUGCAAGAUCAGACAAUUGAGAGCUGUCUGGAAAAAACAGAUUCAGAUAUGAAGAAGCUGAUCAGAGAUUGUGGAGGAAGAUAUCAUGUGAUUGACAAUACAAAACCAGACAAUUCUAAACAAAUCACUGACUUGCUGGAAAAAAUCAACUGUAUGAUUGAAAAGAAUGGAGGAGGGUGUUACACCAAUGAGAUGUUUGAAGAAUCAGAAGGUGCCAUAAAACUAGCAAUGGAAAGAAUAUUACAGAAAAAGAAAGAAGAGAUGGAAAGAGAGAACAAACGUUUAUGUGACAAACAUGAGUUGGAGAUGGCAGAGAUGAAGAAAAGAAUAGCAGAACAAAGAGAGUUAUUGGAAAGAGAAAGGAAGGCAAAGGAAGAAGAACUCCAAAUCAAGGAAGAGUUCUUGCAAAAUGAACUUAAGAGAAGGGAUGAACAAGAAAAGAAGGAGAAGAAAGAAAGACAAGAAGCUGAAGACCUUAGAAGAAUAGAAGAGGAGGAUACACAGGCACUAUGGAAAAGGAAACUACACGAAAUAGAAGAGAAACGAAGAAGAUUAGAAGAACAGCAACAGAAGAGAGACCAGGAAUAUAGAGAGAAGUAUGAGAGAGAGAGGACAGAAAUGGAGGAAAUUCAUAAAAAGAGACUGAGGAGAGAACAUGAAGAAGAAUACCAGAAAAGACUUAAAGAGGAGAGGAGUGAAUGGGCACUAAAAGAGAAGAUGAUGGUUGAAGAAUUUGAACAAGAAAAAAGAAAAAGAGAAGAAAAAGAACAUGAAAGGAUUAAGAAUGAGCUUAAAGAAAGAGAGAGAAUAGAGAGAGAGUAUGAGAACAGUAAAAUAGAGAUGAGAAAACAGAGAGAAGAAUGGGAAAAAUCAUGGAAUGAAGAAUGGGAUAAAAGAGUGAGAGAAGAGAAGGAGAGAAGGGAUGAAGAGAGAGAGAAACUGAGAAAGCUUGAAGAAGCAUUUCAGCGAGAGCGUAAAGAGGAGGAGGAGAAGAGGAAGAGAGAAGAUAAAGCCCGACGAGAACAGGAGGAGAAAGAACGAAAAGAAAUGGAGGAAGAAUAUGAAAGGAAAUUAAAAGAAAUGAAGAGAAAGUAUGAAGAUGAGGCCAGAAAACAAGCAGAGGAAUUCAAUGAUUUCAGAGAGAAAUAUACUAAAGACUUUCAUGUUCUCAUGGUAAAGCAUGACUUAGAGAUGCAAGAGCUAAAGCUAAAGCAUGAAAGAGAGAAACAAAAACAGUGCACCCUAUUGAGUGAACUCUCAAAGCAAAAAGUUAAAAGUCUGAAUGAAAAAAUGGAAGCAAUGGAAGAGCAACAUCAAAGAGAGGUUGAUGAGCUGAAGAAGAAGUAUGAGUCCAAAUGUGUCUUACUGUAAUACUGAUAUCUUACUAUUUAUAGCCUGACAUUAGAAGAUUGAAGUGAGCAUCUUGUAUGUGCUUUAAAGGGGUCAUGAACUGAGGUCAUUUGACAUACACUAUUCUUGCGGGUUUGACCAGUAGUGUCCAUCUAUGAGGAAUUACCAUAUUUCAUAUCUCUCUCUACUCCCAGAUAAAUAUUGUAUCCUUUUUAAAACAUUUUUUAUAAGGGUUUGUAUGGACUGUCUCCAUAUAUCCCAAAUAUCCCCGAUCUCCUAUAGCGCCUACAGGGAACUUAACUACUAGUCUUCAGUUGACUGAUCUAAAGACACUUCUGAAAUCAUUUCUAAUGUCUUUUUAGUAGCUGCUCCACAACUUUGCCAUUCUAUAUAAGAUAUGCACCAACAUAUGCAGACAUUAUUAUAUGCAGAAAUAGAUCACCCAAUAAUGUCUGUCAUAAUUUACUCACGCUCAAGUAGUUCCAAAUCUGUAUGAAUUUGAUAUUUGUAUGAAGAUAUUUUGAAGUAAGUUAUUCUAUGGAAGUCAAUGGUGACUAUGAAUUAAUCAAACUGCCACUAUCUGUAACUAGCUGUAGGCCUAUAAAUAGCAGAAAAUCCUGCUCAGAUGUCACAGACAUCUGAUGAAAAUGUUAGAUCAUUUUAUGUGCGAUGAUCACCAAGCAAUAAUUUGCGAUUAACAUCCAUUUCCCAUUUCAAGCAAUAUUUUCAUGUAAAGCUAUUUUAUUUUAUUUUAUUUUUUCAAUUUACUUGGGUGGCUUAGGUGGACUACCAAGUAAACCUACAGCCUAUGAUAACCUACAGAUAUGAAGCUGGAUAUGUUGUUUUGAAAAUCUCCCAGCAUAUUAAUAUUGUUUUGAAGUCAUAAUAUGAUAUUCUUCAAGUAAUUGUGCAAAAAUUUCACUUUAUUAAC